AUGCUGCUGCUGCUGCUGCUGCUGCUGCUGCUGCUGCUGCUGCUGCUGCUGGUCUGUGAGCGGCACUGUGCAGAGCCACCGCCGCAUAUAAAUAGAAAACGUCACACUGCAGUCACCAUUCUCUCUGCACCUGCUUCUGGCCCAUCCACGCCCUCAGCAGACGCCUGCAACUUGAGGAGGAUGGAGGCCUCUUUUGGGCCGACCUUCUCAUCGGUGGCAACUGGUGCUAAAGCUGAAGGGAGCAGCAGCUUUAAGCAGCACAGAAGAACUCCCUCCUCUUCCAGCACACUGACCUACUCCCCACGCGAUGAUGACGAUGGAAUGCCCCCCAUCGGUACUCCCCGAAGGUCUGACUCGGCCAUCUCUGUGCGGUCGCUCCACUCGGAGUCCAACAUGUCUCUGCGCUCCACCUUCUCUCUGCAUGAGGAGGAAGAGGACCUGGAACCACAAGUGUUUGCUGAGCCGCCUUCAGUCAAACUGUGUUGUCAGUUGUGCUGCAAUGUCUUCAAGGACCCAGUCAUCACAACCUGUGGGCAUACCUUCUGCAGACGAUGUGCCUUGACUUCAGACAAGUGCCCUGUGGACACGGCUAAGCUAACCGUGGUGGUGAACAACAUUGCGGUCGCGGAGCAGAUAGGAGAGCUGUUUAUUCACUGUAAAUACGGAUGCAGAGCAGAAGGCAGUGCGGCCGGAGCGGUGGCCGCAAAACCAGGGGCCUUCGAGGUGGACCCUCUUGGCUGCCCAUUCACCAUCAAACUGACAACACGCAAAGAACACGAGUCUAGUUGUGAUUACCGACCAGUGCGCUGUCCCAACAACCCGUCCUGCCCCCCUCUGCUCACCAUGAACCUGGAAGCCCACCUCAAAGAGUGUGAGCACAUUAAAUGCCCCCACUCCAAAUAUGGAUGCACGUUCAUCGGGAACCAAGACACCUACGAAACCCACCUGGAGGUUUGCAAGUUUGAGGGCCUAAAGGAGUUCCUACAGCAGACAGAUGACCGGUUCCAUGAGAUGCAGUUGACUCUGGCGCAGAAGGACCAGGACAUCGCCUUCCUGCGCUCCAUGUUGGGCAAACUGUCAGAAAAGCUCGACCAGCUGGAGAAAAACCUGGAGCUGAAAUUUGAUGUGUUGGACGAGAACCAGAGCAAACUGGGCGAGGACCUGAUGGAGUUCCGCAGGGACGCCUCAAUGCUCAACGAUGAGCUCUCCCACAUCAACGCCAGACUGAACAUGGGAAUCCUGGGCUCGUACGACCCUCAGCAGAUCUUCAAAUGUAAGGGCACGUUUGUGGGGCACCAGGGCCCCGUCUGGUGUCUGUGUGUCUACUCCACUGGAGACCUGCUCUUUUCCGGCUCCUCAGAUAAGACCAUCAAGGUGUGGGACACAUGCACCACUUACAAGUGCCAGAAAACUCUGGAGGGGCACGACGGCAUCGUCUUGGCUUUGUGCAUCCAGGGAAACCGGCUGUACAGUGGCUCCGCUGACUGCACCAUUAUUGUGUGGGACAUCCAGACUCUGCAGAAGGUGAACACGAUCCGUGCCCAUGACAACCCUGUGUGCACGCUGGUGUCCUCUCACAACAUGCUCUUCAGCGGCUCGCUCAAAGCCAUUAAGGUGUGGGACAUUGUGGGCACUGAGCUGAAGCUGAAGAAGGAGCUGACUGGAUUGAACCACUGGGUGCGAGCCCUGGUGGCCUCACAGAACCACCUGUACAGCGGCUCGUACCAGACCAUCAAGAUCUGGGACAUACGCUCUCUGGAGUGUGUGCAUGUCCUCCAAACCAGCGGGGGCAGUGUCUACUCCAUCGCCGUCACCAACCACCACAUUGUCUGCGGCACCUACGAGAACCUCAUCCACGUGUGGGACAUCGAGUCGAAGGAGCAGGUGCGCACUCUGACGGGACACGUGGGAACCGUGUACGCGCUGGCCGUCAUCUCCACUCCAGACCAGACCAAAGUGUUCAGUGCGUCUUAUGACCGCUCACUCCGGGUGUGGAGCAUGGACAACAUGAUCUGUACCCAGACUCUGCUCAGACACCAGGGCAGUGUCACCGCUCUGGCCGUCUCUAGGGGGCGCCUCUUCUCCGGAGCCGUGGACAGCACCGUGAAGGUCUGGACGUGUUAA